GAACACACUGCACUGUAGUUUACACCUCUCGGUAUUUGCAUUCAGGACAAUACAGUAGACGAUGCUGCGAUUGUAAAAUGGACUAACCUCAUGCAUUUGAGGAACUCUACAUGGCAUGAUAUUUCCCAGGCUAUUCAUUUCGCUUCAAAAUGUGGGUGCCCACCGAGCAAGAGAAAUAUGGCGUUGUGCUGGCUAACUUCAGGGGACUGGUGCAGUAUGGCCUACCACUUGAGAUUGGAGACACCGUGCAGAUUCUGGAGAAAUGUGAAGGCUGGUAUAGAGGAUUUAUAAUUAAGAAUCCAACUACUAAGGGAAUUUUUCCAAGCUGUUACAUCCAUUUGAAGAAUGCUCAUAUCAAGAACAAAGGGCAGUUUGAAACGGUCAUACCAAUGGAGGACUCUGUCAUCACAGAGAUGACGGUGACCUUGAGGGACUGGGGCAUCAUGUGGAAGCAGCUCUAUGUGAGAAAUGAGGGGGAUCUGUUCCAUCGGCUGUGGCACGUGAUGAAUGAGAUUCUGGAGCUGCGGCAGCAGGUUCUGGUGGGCCAUCUGACCCACGACUCCAUGAGUAACAUCAAACAGCAUAUCACCGCGCGCCUGGACUGGGGCAACGAGCAGCUGGGAUUGGAUCUGGUCCCCAGGAGAGAAUUUAGCAUGGUGGACCCAGACGAGAUCAGCGUCACCGAGCUCUACCAGCUGAUGGAGCGGAGACAUCGGAGGAAGGAGCUUCCUGGCCAGGCCAGCAUGCACCACCUGUUUGUCCAGGUGAAGGGCCUGAUGAGCGCGAGCCUGGGAGAGGAGCUGGAGGUGUUCCUCUUCAUCUACGACAGCAGAGACAGUCGCCCAAUCAGUGAGAGGUUCGUAGUGCGUCUGAAUAAACAAGGAGUCCCGAGUGCUCUGGAGAAGGCUGAACGACAAUGCACUCUCUUUGUUGAUUUGGGGAGUAGCGAUCUACGAAAAGAUGUUUAUGUUGUAGCUCAUAUAAUUAGAAUCGGACGGAUGGUGGCAGGGGAGAAGAAGAGUGUCUCUAAUGUCCAGUACAGGCGGCCUUUUGGCUGUGCCAUCAUCAGUAUUGCUGACCUCUUGACUGUAGAUUCCAAGGAUGACCACCUACUGAAGGUGUAUUCAUGUAAUAUGGAAACGGAGUGGUACCAGAUUCAUGACAGCAUCAUCAGGAAAGUCAGCUCCAGAUACAGCCUGGUUGGGUCGAACGCGGGACUCUCCAUGUCUCUGCAGCUCCUUCAUGGAGACAUGGAGCAGAUCCGUAAAGACUACAUGCGCCUCUUCACCCGAAACAUCUCCAUCACCAAGAGACUUGGCUUCUCAGACAUCAUCAUGCCAGGUGAAAUAAGGAAUGAUCUGUAUAUAACGUUGGAGAAGGGGGAAUUUGAGAAAGGGGGGAAAAGUGUGGCUCGGAACGUGGAGGUCAGUGUGCACGUCCUUGGAGCAGAUGGGCAGAUUCAAAAGGAUGUGCUCUGUGCUGGCUCUGGAGAGCUAGGAGUGGAGCAGCAUCAUUCAUUUGUGCUCUACCACAGCAACAGCCCGCGGUGGUCAGAGCAGAUCAAACUGCCCAUCCCCAUGGACCUGUUCAGAGGGCUGCACGUCCGCUUCGAGUUCAGACACUGCUCCACCAAGGAGAAGGGGGAGAAGAAGAUAUUUGGCUUCUCUUUCGUCCCCCUGAUGCAGGAGAAUGGAAGCAUACUUCCAGAUAGAACACAUGAGCUUCUCGUCCACAAGUGCGAAGACGCAACAUAUUUCCAAGAUGUAGCUCGGUACCUCAAGCUUCCCUAUUCUAAAACAAACACGCCUGGAAAUAAUCAGCCUGCACGCAACAGCAAGGAGUCCUUCUGGAUUACAUCUUUCUUGUGUUCUACCAAACUCACACAGAAUGGUGAUAUACUUGACUUACUGAAGUGGAGAACACACCCAGAGAAAAUUGCUGAUUGCCUGUCUAAACUCAAGGACAUUGAUGGCACUGAGAUUGUAAAGUUUUUACAGGACACACUGGAUACUCUAUUUGGUAUUUUAGACCAGAGCGCACAGAGAUAUGGUCUAAAGGUGUUUGACUGCUUGGUACAUAUAAUAAAUUUACUGCAGGAUAGUAAAUUUCAACAAUUUAAGCCAGUAAUGGACACGUACAUUGAGAGUCACUUUGCUGGAGCUCUGUCAUACAGGGAACUUAUCAAAUUACUGAAGUGGUAUAUUGACCGAAUCAUUGAUGCAGAACAUCAUGAGCAGAUUCAGCAGGUUCUGAAGGCAGCUGAGUACAUUUUCAAGUACAUUGUUCAGUCGAGGAGGCUCUACGUAGGAGCAACUGGUGGACAGGGUGAGGAGGAGUUUCGCUGCUCCGUCCACGAGCUCUUCAAAUCGGUCCACCUCUUCCUCUCUCACCAGAGCAAAGGCGUCAGCCCCAUCACACACACGCAGGCUGUGUUCCUGAGGUCCUUCCCUACAGUCUGCUGUGAGCUGCUCAAGGUCUUCCUGGUCAGAGAAGUGGCCGUCCUGGCCCAUGACACACUGGGCAGCCUCCCUGUGAUGGCUCACACUGACUGCCCCCUUCAGGCUGUUAAACUCCAGUGUAUCGCCAAAACUGUGGAGAGCCCACUCUACACCAACCAGGAGUGCCGGUGUGUGGUCCUGCCUGUGAUCCUGCAGCACCUUCAGGUGCACAUGCAGGAGCAGAGGGACCUGGUCAUGUGCGCUCACAUCCUCACCGGCAUGCUCUCCGUCAUCACUAAGGACGGCACAGUCAGUCAGAGAGGACAGGAGUGUGUUGCCUCUGAGGAGGUGAAUAUCAUCAUGGACAGCAUGUCCGGUGUUCUUCUGAGAACCAUCUUGGAAGUCACCAACUGCCCACAGCCUGCUGGGACUGCCCUGCGCCUGCAGUACCAGGAUGUCACGGGUGAGUUUGUGGCCUGUUUACUGACCCUCCUGAGGCUGCUAAGUGAUAAAGAUUACCAAAGAUUUCUCUCAAGAUUCUCAAGCAAAGAUGAGCUCAUGGCUUUUCUCCUACAGUUAUUCACUGUCUUUGAAAUACUCAUACGCCCAGAUAUGUUUCCCAAAGAUUGGACAGUCAUGCAGUUGGUCACCAGCAAUGUAAUUAUCACCUCACUUCUGUACCUCUCUGAUGCCUUGAAGAAGAACUUCCUCAAUGAAAAGUUUGACUUCAAGGUGUGGGAGUCCUAUUUUUAUCUUGCUGUCGUCUUCAUAAACCAGCAGUGUCUCCAGCUUGAGAAGUUCCCUCCCUCCAAACGGAAAAAAGUGCUGGAAAAGUAUGGAGACAUGAGGGUAAUGGUUGGAUGUGAAAUCCUUAGCAUGUGGCAAAGUUUAGAAGAGCAUAAACUGAACUUCAUCCCUGUCAUGAUCGGGCUCUUCCUGGAGGCGACCCUGGUGCCCCAGGCUGACCUGCGGAACGUGCUGAUCCCCAUCUUCCACGACAUGAUGGACUGUGAGCUCAGCAGGAGUGGAAACUUCAAACAGGUGGAGGCAAAAUUGAUUGACAAGCUGGACAGCCUGAUGUCUGAAGGCAAAGGCGAUGAGACGUACAAGGAACUCUUCAACAACAUAAUUCCCCUGUUUGGCCCAUACCCAAGUCUGCUGAAGAAGAUUGAGAGCGAGACCUGGAGGGAGAGUGGUGUUUCCCUAAUUACCACGGUAACGCGACUAAUGGAGAGGCUGCUUGACUACAGGGACUGCAUGAAGAUCGGAGACGUGGAUGGGAAAAACAUUGGUGGCCCUGUCAACCUGCUAAACUUCUACAAAACUGAACUUAACAAAGAGGAGAUGUACAUAAGGUACAUUCAUAAGCUCUACGACCUGCAUUUCAAAGCACAAAAUUACACAGAGGCGGCCUACACACUGCUGCUGUACGAUGAGCUGCUGGAGUGGACUGAGCGGCCCCUAAGGGAGUUCCUGGGCUACCCCCUGCAGAGCGAGUGGCAGAGGAAGGAGUGCCUCCAUCUCACCAUCAUCCACAACUUUGACAGGGGGAAAUGUUGGGAGAACUGCAUCAUACUGUGUAGGGAAUUGGCAAAUCAGUACGAGGCAUAUUAUGACUACAGGAAUCUCAGUAAAAUGAGGAUGAUGGAAGCAUCAUUAUAUGACAAAAUAAUGAAUCAGCAGAGACUGGAGCCUGAAUUCUUCAGAAUUGGCUUCUAUGGCAAGAAGUUCCCCUUCUUUUUACGGAAUAAGGAGUUUGUGUGCCGGGGCAAUGAUUAUGAGCGCCUAGAAGCCUUCCAGCAGCGAAUGUUGAGCGAGUUCCCCCACGCCAUCGCCAUGCAGCAUGCCAACCCGCCCGAGCAGACCAUCCUUCAGGCCGAGGCGCAGUAUCUGCAGAUCUAUGCAGUAAGUCCAGUCCCCGAAGGUCAAGAUGUACUGCAGAGGGACGGGGUACCCAACAACAUCAAGAGCUUCUACAAGGUCAACCAUAUCUGGAAGUUCCGCUAUGAUCGGCCUUUCCACAAAGGCACAAAGGACAAGGAGAAUGAGUUCAAGAGCCUGUGGGUGGAACGAACUACACUGACCCUGGCCCAGAGCCUGCCUGGUAUCUCCCGCUGGUUUGAGGUCGACAAGAGAGACCUGGUUGAGAUGAGUCCACUGGCGAACGCCACUGAAGUGAUUGAGAACAAGAACCUGCAGCUCAGAACAUUGAUUGCUCAGUGCCAGACCCGGCAAAUGCAGAACAGCAACCCCCUCACCAUGUGCCUCAAUGGAGUGAUAGACGCUGCUGUUAAUGGUGGGCUGGCACGCUACCAAGAGGCAUUUUUUGCAAAAGAUUACAUUGAAAAUCAUCCUCAAGACGGGGAUAAGAUCACUCGUCUCAGAGAGCUGAUGUUUGAACAGGCUCACAUUCUGGAAUAUGGGUUGGCUGUGCAUGAGAAGUAUGUUUCACUGGACAUGCGACCGUUGCACAAAAAACUGGUAGACCAGUUUCAUAUGAUGAGGUCAAGUCUUGGACUACAGCCCCAUAGACUGCUUGCCUCCUGGUGGCUUGGUGCUCAACUCCCCAGCUCGCUCUGGCAGCUGUAGCAGUGGCAUCUCUUCCCUGAGCCGCUGCAGUGUGUCGGAGACCUGUGGCAUGGACCCUGCCCUUAGUGACUCUCCAGUGCCUCUCCCUGUGCCUGUCCCCACUCUGGAGGAGCCCAUGGUGCGGCGGGGCAGCAAGACGCCUCCUCCCUACAGCGUGUAUGAACGGAACAACCUCCGCCGGGCCACACCGCUGCCUCACAGCCUCUCUGUCCCCCCCAGCGCCGAUCCCUCUGGCCUGCCUCCCAAACCACAUCUAAACCGCAGCCACAGAUUACACUCGGAACCACGCCAACGGACUGUACCCCGCAAGGUCUCACAGCUAUAACAGUACCACUGCAUCACGGGAGAUUCACAUUGUAAAUUGUAAAUGGUCCUAAGGAGCAUGGGUGAUACAAGCACACACUAUACCUGACUGGUGUGCCAUAUUUGUACCCUUUCACAGAUUGGGUUCAAACUUUCUUAAUAUUUUUAGGAGCCAUUAAGAGAUUUAACACACUGAAUAACAUUAUCUGAUUUUAAAAAGGGCAAAUAGUUUACUGCAAAAUGUACACAUCUGGCAGGUCCACAUUGCAUUUAGAAUACUUCAGCUUUAGUCAAUCAUAUGUAUUUUUGAUAGAUGUUUAAUAAUUAUGAUACUGAUGUACAGUAUAGUUACCAAUAGUACUGUGGCCUUACACAAAGGUCACACUAUGCAGCUAGUCCUGCAACCCAUUCAAUGCUUUUCUGAACUGCUGAAAGGUGCUAAAACCUAAACAGUAUAUUUAAUGAGUCUUCAAUAUUUUUAGACUUGUGUUUGUGAAUUUCUUGACUUUCUCAGCCUUGCGCUCAUUACACAGUUUAUAAAACUCUACUUUUUUGUAAUCCUGUAGUGGAAUUAAAACAAGGCAUGUGCUGAGUGUAACUUGUAAUGAUUUUCACAAGCUAAAUGCUUUGGGUUUUUGAAAGGAAACUGAAAAACUUUCACAUUGCACUAUUUGAGGCUUACACUGCCUGACCAAAACAUCACCCUAUAAAACAUUCUUGGUGAGUACUUCAUAAAGCACAUUUUGUUACAAAGAAAUACUGCAUCUCUCUUUUCAGUGGGAACUUUCAUAUGAUGCCUAUGUCUACAUAUACAUGCCCUGAACUAAAGCUAUGGCUGAAACUGUGUAAUGUGUACUAGUCUUCAUUGUGCCAUGUAAUGGUUCUGUAUGGAUUGCUGGCGUGCCAAAGAGACGCACAGACGUUUUAAGCGCUGCAAGUACAGUAUUUAGAGCUGCUUCAGUAGAAUGUGUCAGUUGUGCUCAAUGAUGAUGUACUUCAUGUGCAGUUUGCAGAAGCAUAUUCUGGCAGCAUGUGGCAUGUAUGUAAAGCAUUAAGCAAUAUACAGUAUUACAAUAUAAUUGCUGUGGUUCUGUGAGGGUGUCUUUGAUAAUGGCAAAUUAACGUUGUUUGGAAACAUCCCUCCCACAUGGCUCUGUUGAGGAAAUGGCUUUUUAUAAUGGAGCUGAUUUGGGAUCAUGUUUUUGAUCAUGAUCAAUGUUGUUUUCAAAUUUAACUUAACUGGUUACCAGUUAUUUGCAAAAAAGAAUGAAGUGUUUAAAAAAGUAUAUCAUACUUCAUACUGGGGUAUGGAAUGGAAUGUAUUUAUCUUGAAAAAGCAGGCAAGACAUUGAGUUGACUGCUAUAACCAUCAAUGACAUUUGGCCGCUAUCCAAACUCCAUGUAAACAUACUCGAUGUAAGAUUUUGCCACUGGGGGCAGUAUAAAGCCCUACACAUACUUUACACCUGGGGUGUGGAAGAUUAAUGUCGACAUGUCAGCUGCGCUUCAGUGGUCCUAAUGUACUGCAAUAAAAUAUUACAGUUA